GUUUGUUCAAUUAUUAAUUUCAUUCAUGGUUGUUACUUUUAUUAAUAUUGAAUAUGGUUUAGGUUGGGGUUUAUUCAAAGCAACUUAUCAUGUAAUAAUUGGGAAUGGAUUAAAUGACAAUUUGUGGGUACAUUGUAAAUCUGGUGAUUCUGAUCUUAAGCUUCAGAAACUUCCUAAAAAUGGAAACUUUUCAUGGGAUGUUAAAGCUGGUUGGUCAGUUGGAGUUCAACGUUUAUAUUUCUGUGGUCUUACAUGGAAUCAUCAUGGGAAGAAGGUGUUUGAUGCAUUUGUGGAUGAUCAACAAUUUGUUGAUACAAAAUGUGGUGGACGUCAUUGUUAUUGGAAAGCACUUGAUGAUGGUAUUUAUUUGUAUCAUGGAUAUAAAAGAAAGUUCCGCAAAAUGUAUGCUUGGGAUAAAUUGUAAAUACCUCAUGAAUUAAAUACUUAAUUAUGUUUGUGAUCAAUAAAUCAAGCAACUUAAUUUGAAGGAAAUAUCACCAUUUUUAAAACUUUUAGCACGUUUACAUGUUCUUCAUAUUUGCAGACCCAAUUGAAUCAGCAUUUGGUGAGAAUAUCUAUAACAAAUUAUAAUAAAAAAAAUGCUUAAUGCAUACCCAAAUCGUUUUAAUGAUCCUUUGGUUAUAGUGAUCAUCAAUACGCUUUCAAUUUUGUGUUUCAAGUGGACAAAAAGAUCCAUUUUUGGACAAUUCAGACAUAAGAAGAAUAAGUACAAGUCCCCCUUUUCUAAUUGGUCGAUUGUAUUAAUUAAAAUAAACAAUGAUCUUCAUUCAUCAUAGUUGGUCUUCAUCUUAAGCAUGCAAACCUUAAUACGUACCAGUAACAUAUUUACUCAUUCUGCAAAUUAAAAUCAAAUAAACAAUCAAAAGCAAAUUAGAAUCCUAAUUUUUGCAAUAAACUAGUAAAUAAAUUAAAGACACAAUCAAAAGCAAAUAACAUGCAAACACUAAAAAUACCACAAUUAAGCCCUCAUUUCAACAAUAAACUAAUAAAUCAAACAAAUUUAAAGGUCCAAAUAACAACUAUUAACAUAAUAAUAGGAAAAAUAAGCCCUAAUUUU